GGACGAACUCUUGAAGUGUAAACUAUAGCUUUUAAUUAAUACUUUAUUUUUUUUUUAUUUUAAAUCAAGGAAUUGGUGUACAUAGAAGGGACUCAUACUUGAGCAGAAGAGCCGAAAUGCCCCCUUCCAAGUGGAUGUCUUCAUAUGACCGAGCUGUGAAAAAGGCUACGAAAAUCAAACUGGCUGCUCCGAAGAGUAAACAUGUGGAAUUGAUUUUGCAAGCUACGUUUGAAGAUCCUGACACACUAGAUACAGUCAUUCAGGAUCUUUGUGAGCGGAUGAAGGAUUCUUCAUGGACUGUCGUUUUUAAAUCACUAAUAGUAUUUCAUUUAAUGCUAAAAGAUGGCUCCCCUGGUACUACGAUAGUAGCUCUGUCACAGCGACCUCGUAUUCUAGAGGUGGUGCGAGCGUCCUCCUUGACAACUCAAGGACAAAAUAUAUAUAAUUAUAGCCGAUUUCUAAGUGAAAGGGUAAAACAAUAUGGCCGUUUAGGGUUUGAUUAUGCUCAAGCGAGCGACGGAGCCAAGAAACUCAAACAAUUGACUGUCGACAACGGUCUUAUGCGUCAUGUAGAAGGCAUCCAGUCUCAGCUUCGGCGUCUCUUAAAGUGUCAGUUCCUUGUAGAAGAGAUUGACAACGAUAUUACCGUGACAUCUUUCCGUUUACUCGUGGGUGAUUUAUUAGUGCUAUUCAAAGCAGUGAACAUCGGUGUAAUCAAACUGUUAGAGCAUUAUUUUGAGAUGAGUCAUCCUGAUGCAGAACAAUCCCUUCGCAUAUACAAAACGUUUGUCCGGCAGACAGAGGAUGUUAUAAACUUUUUGAGCACUGCUCGUUCCUUGGAAUUCGUCACCAAAUUCCCGGUUCCAAACAUAAAACAUGCCCCUAUUAGUUUGACGGCAUCACUGGAAGAAUACUUAAAUGACCCCGAUUUUGAACAAAAUCGUAAUCAAUAUAUGAACAAAAAGACAAAUCCAAAUAUGCCUCGAAAUGUUUUUAACCUUUCCGAGUCUAUUCAUCCACAAGCACCAGAAGGAAGUACGAAGGAGAAACUCUCGCUUCCUAAGGAUAAUGCUUCAUCCUUUGUAGAUGAAAUGUUGCAAGAAGGAAACAACCUUCCAUUGAAUUUAAAAAAUUCCUCUCCUUCAUUUAAUCAAACAGCGUUUGAUAUUCCCUCUAUUCCACAGCAGUCUGUGCCGAACUCAUUAAAUCCCUUCCUAAAUGCCUCUAUACCGUAUCAACCACAGCAACCUCAAGCUGCUCCUAUGUCGGCUCCACAAAUGACAGGAAAUCCAUAUGCUCAAAUACCAUACAACUCCCCUGCUAAUCCUUACGUCCAAAAUUCGUCUCUUGCUCCGCCAAUGCAAAUUGAUUACACUCCUUCACCAGUUACUAAUCCCUACAACUCUCAAAGUAGAGCACAGUCUGUAAAUCUGGAUAUUAGAAACCCUUUCCAAAACUAUAUCCGUCCUAACACACUUCAACCACAGUCGACAGGAUUUCAAUCACCUUCAAUGACUCCUGCAGCAUUGCAGAGAUAUCCGACGGAUUCCGCAUCCUAUGUUAGCACCGAAAUUCCAUCAUCAUUUACUGGAGCACCGAAAGGCUUAACAAUGGAGAGACCAAUGUCUGUCGACUUCUAUAAUACGGGUGCGAAUUAUAAUUCACUGCCUUUGAGCCAGCAAAACACCAUGAACGUCCCCAACCAUUCUACCUCUACUCCUUUUAAUGUUUCAAAAAAUCCUUUCACAAUUAGGAAAUCCGAAGAGAUUGAAAGAAUAGCCCAGAAUUCAACGAUCGGCGAGUCUAGAAAUCCAUUCCGAGUAUAAUAUGGUCUUACCUUUAUCCUUUACCGUUAGAAUAUCUAGCUAGGCAUAUUCACAAACGCACUGUAAUUAUAGCAAUGUUAAGUUAAGUCGCUCCUUGA